AUGGCAACAGCCAAUGGAAUGAAUGGUAUUUCACAUCCCCCAGUAGCAACUACGCUUGAUGAGUUGUUGAAAGAUGAUAAGUUUGGGUUUGAAGAGUCGCCAGUGUCGAACAGGAACUACAAUGAAGGACAGCUAUACCAACUGUGUUUAGCGUCUUUCAUAAGGGGUGAUUCCAAGGAUUGUCUAGAGAAAAUGUACGAAUUUGGCUUUUUAGAAUCGCAAAUAUUAGCUGAGAACGAUCAAGUGUACGCAUUAUUCCAAGGUGCCUGUGAUGCCAUCAAGAAUUUCAACAGUCUAGGAACUAAUUUGCAAAAAGUGAUUAGAGCGACGUUUACUGGUGAUACCAAUCACCUUGAGAAUCACAUUGCUGGUAAACCAAGAUCAUUUGAAAUUGCCAUCUUAAACAGAUAUUACAGAUGUUGCGCCAAAGUGCUGCAGAUGGAUUCAGCUGUCAAUGGACCCCAAAUUAGUUACUUGGAGACCAAGGUAAGGAAUGAUAUUGAUAAACACAGCAGCGUACCAUUAUUUCAAGAUCCAGAGUCUAUCGUGGAACUAGAACAAUUGGCCGAAACGUACAUUUUUCACAUCCUAGUAGGACUAAUGCAUAAACAAGUCUCCUCAUAUCUUUACAAAAGGCUUUGUGAAUCUGCCUCUGGUCUCUCUGACAAUUUAAACAAUAUUAUUGGAAACGGAAAGACAGUAGAGCAAAGGAUAUUAGAACGAUUGGAGUCUAAAGAACGAAAAUCCAAGAAGUCUCGCAGUAUAACUAGCUCAUCACGACCCCAUAGAGAUACGACUACUACUGAAAAAAAAUUACCUAGCCCAGAAUCACCAAAACAAGUUCAACAAUUCCAGGAGCAUGAUCAGCAGCAGGGGCAAGGACAAGGGCAGGAGCAGCAAUUACAGGCGGCACCUAAAUGGCUCCACAUAUGUUACAGAUAUAUCAACAGGUUUAAAUUUUCCCGCCAGACCCUAGUAAUAGCUCUACUGUUGCUGUUACUAUCUGCAAGAAAAAUCAGGGGAAUAUCGAGAAUACCUAAUUACAUUGCGCAAACUACAAGAGCUGCUGCACCCCAUCUCCGAAACUUACUAAGACUUUUAUCGAGCAUUUAG